CAGGGGGCGCUGGUUGAUAGCUGCGUCCUGUUUCAGCAGCGUCCGUAUAAAUAGAGCCCGGAAGACGCGGUUCAAUUAAGAAAAGCGAAGCAAGUGUACAUCAGUGUGAAACUGGCGUUGUGUUAGUUUAAAGCGUAAAGAAAGAUGCAGUACCUGUUCAGGUCACAGAAACGGAGCCAAGUUUACAGGAGAUCCCACUGACACAGGAAAAGUACACCAUCACUCACCUUUCAUUGGCAAACGCACCGCACAGAACAUGCAGACCUGACCCCUGAGGCCAGCCGGACUUUAUAUUUUUUGGCACGAGGUUUGCGUAUUUUAGCCAACUGAAUAUCACAGGGACUCGACAUGUCACAUCGAGGGCCUUUAACCGCUGUCAUAACAACAGUAUUAGGAGCGACCCUAGGUGGGCUCCUCAUAUGGCGAGUUUACAGAACCAAGAGGAAGAGGCUGCCUUCCGUCCAGAAGGCGACAGAUCCUGUGGAAGCUCCGCGUCACGUGGAAAAGGAGCUUAAAGAUGUGAAGUACCAUUACACCCAACCGCCACUGUUGGAGAAAGAGUUUAAGGCUGUCGAGUGUCAGACCACACAAGCGCCCCCUCCUGUACAAGUGCCGUCUUCUGCACAGCUGCUGUUGGUGAAACCAGUGAUGGUGAGCUCUGAAGAGGAAUGGCAGCAGCUGUGGCCGCUCAUGCAAAAGGAGUUGUCAGUCUACCCCGUUCUUGGGCUUGACUGUGAAUGGGUAAAGACCAAAGCCGUGUCUGUGAAAGGCAGAGCCUGUGCAGUCUCCCUGUUACAGAUGGCCACGUAUUCGGGUCUGUGUGUCCUGGUGAGGCUGCAGGCGUUUCGCAGUGCCCAGCAGCCAUUUCCGCUCAGCUUAAUGGAAGUCCUCAGAGAUCCACAAGUUUUAAAAGUUGGCGUCGGUUGCUAUGAAGAUGGCAAGCGUCUGACACGUGACUACGGUCUGUCGCUGUCGUGUACGGUUGAUCUGCGCUACCUCGCCUUAAGACAAAGGCUAACCACAGUGAGUAAUGGCCUGAGUCUGAAGUCUCUGGCAGCAGAUCUGUUGAACAUAUGUCUGGAUAAAUCUUUGGAGCUGCGCUGCAGUGACUGGGAGGCAGAUCAGCUGACGCUGGAGCAGAUGACUUAUGCUGCCAGAGACGCCCAAGUUUCCAUCGCUCUGUUCCUCCAUCUCCUCGGCCUCCUCUCUGAAGCCGGUCCCGCCUCAUCCAGUGGGAGCUCUUACUCUGAGUUGGCCGCCCGCUGCCAGGGCCUGGUGGACGUGCCCUUCAGGGGCCGAGGAGACGGAGACGACAGGGCCGCUGACGGAGAGAGAAGACGGAGGACGCGGAAAAUGCCCACUUAUGAAAGCCCAGAGUCUGGAGAUCAGCAAGUCCCAGACCCUCGAAAGAAUAAUAAGAGGAAACCGCUGGGUGUGGGUUAUUCUGCCAGGAAGUCUCCUCUGUAUGAUAACUGCUUCCUCCACGCUCCAGAUGACCAGCCUCUGUGUACCUGCGACAAGAAGAAAGCCAAAUGGUACCUAGAUAAAGGAAUAGGAGUGCUCCAGAGUGAAGAUCCCUUCGUGGUGAGGCUGCUGUUUGAACCGUCAGGACGUCCCGACUCCCAACAGGACUAUUAUCUCACCGCAAAGGAGAAUCUCUGUGUGGUCUGCGGCAAAGCAGAUUCCUACAUCAGGAAGAACAUUGUGCCGCAUGAGUACAGGCGCCAUUUUCCCACUGAGAUGAAGGACCACAACUCUCACGACAUCCUGCUGCUCUGCACCAGCUGCCACGCCGCCUCCAACGUGCACGACGGCUUCCUGAAGCAGCAGCUGGCCGAAGAGUUCGCCGCCCCUCAGGGUUGCGAGGAGGGAGUUCGCCUGCUGGAGGACUCAGACCGGCGGAGGGUACGAUCAGCGGCUCGGGCUCUGCUCACCGCCGGGGACGGACUGCCGGAGCAGCGCCGCGAGGAGCUGCAGGCUUUGAUCAAGAGCUUCCUCGACGUGAACGAGGAGCAGGAGCUGACAAACGAGGCGCUGCAGCAGGCUGCAGGUCUGGAAACGAGGAUUUUAAACGAGGCGUACGUGCCUCACGGUCUGAAGGUGGUGCGAGCCCACGCCGAGCGGGGCCUGCAGGGCCUGAUGGACCUGGAGCGUCGCUGGAGGCAGCACUUCCUCACCACCAUGCACCCUCGCCACCUCCCUCCUCUCUGGUCUGUCGACCACAACCACGGCAAGUUCCUCCGCAAGUACGGAGCGGACCUGCCCAUCAAACUCAACUGACCGUCGGUCAGACCAGGACAGGAAACUGAACUUCUCAUCUGCUGGUCAAAGUGCUGGUUGGAUUCGAUACUUCCACAAUUUUACAAGCCAAAAUGCUUUUUUUUAAGUGAGAAAAUAAAUGAGCAAAUCCACCAGCCAGGACCGAAAUGUUCCCAGUCCGUGGCAGCUGUGGCGUUACCACUCUGGUGUUAACGAGGUCAUGGUGAGUGUGUGAGUGAACACACUCGUCCUGCGAGGUUGCCACCUGGAUCCUGAGUGAACUAAAUGAACUUGAGCAGAGACUGCACUUGUGGAGACGACAUCCAGCACUGAAUCUGAAAAAACACUACAACACCACAGCGUCAUGGUGAUUGCAUAUGGCCGCUUUUUAAAAUAAAAAAUCAUGACAUAUGUCUAAUUAUUUAUGAAAAAAUAAAAUAUUGAAAUUUAAGGACAGAUUUUUAGUAAAAGCUACAGCCUGCUCUUAAUGUCCCCCCUGCAUUUAACUGACCCCCCUCCCCCCUUCUGCAGGUUAGCAGCGUUUACCUCCAUCAGUCAGAGAGGACGUGACUUGCUUUGCAGAGAGAAGGUCAUUUUAACGUGACCUCUAGUUACCUGGCGCUCCAGCCUGCUUUUGUUUUCAGUCUAUUGUCUGUUUUAAGUCAGUAGCUGAAGAAUGAGGUUCCCUGAAGCCUGAAUGUGUUCCAGCUCUUUGUAGUUGUUUGGGUUUUUUUUUUUGCAGGUGGAGACGAAUACUGACCACAAUGAAGUUGGCUGGUUUACUUGAUCAUUCAGACUCCUGAUGGGGGUUUUUCUGUCCUGCUGCUGAUUCUCUAGAAGGUUGGGACGCCUCCAUGGCUCAUGUUCUAAUGUGCCUCUUAACCC